GUCUCUUUCAACUUGUUCUUGAUUCAUUCAUAAUUUUGAUUCACAUGGCUAAUAGAGCUGAUGAACUUUUACAUUAAUGGUAACAGAAUAGUGCUAAGUACUGAUAACUUUUUGUUCUCUCCACCUUCUCUUCCAUCCUUAGUUUCAGGCACAUUUGUAUGGUGCUAGAAAUCUGUGUGCAGGAUCACAAAGAAAGUGAAAAAAACUUCAACAUUCAAAGUCUUCAUGCAAAGUAGAUCAUGGCUUCUAGAAUUCUUUCCACUCUGCAGAAUGUGUCUUCUUCUUCUUCUUUUGUCUCAACCACUAAACGUUGCUUAGGCCUAUGUUGUCUCCGGCAUAGAAGUUUAAGUGGAACUGGUGCUUCUGCUGCUGCUGAUAUAGAGCCUAGCAAACCACCAGUGCAAAUUGAGCAUAAUCAGCUUCUGAUCGAUGGACUGUUUGUUGAUGCAGCUUCUGGAAAAACUUUUCCAACCAAUGAUCCUAGGACUGGAGAUACAAUUGCCAAUGUAGCCGAAGCGGAUGUUGAAGAUGUAAAUCGUGCUGUACGUGCUGCUCGCAAGGCUUUUGAUGAGGGACCAUGGCCAAAAAUGACAGCUUAUGAAAGAUCACAAAUAAUUUUUCGUUGUGCUGAUAUAUUGGAGAAACACAAUGAUGAAGUUGCAGCAAUUGAAACAUGGGAUAAUGGUAAGCCUUAUGAACAGGCUGCAAAUGUUGAAAUACCUAUGGUGGUACGCUUGUUCCGAUAUUAUGCAGGUUGGGCGGAUAAAAUUCAUGGUUUAACAGUUCCAGCUGAUGAGCCAUACCAUGUUCAAACCUUGCAUGAACCUAUUGGAGUAGCAGGGCAGAUUGUUCCUUGGAAUUUCCCACUUCUUAUUUUUUCAUGGAAGGUUGCACCUGCAUUAGCUUGUGGUAAUACAGUUGUAAUGAAAACUGCAGAACAGACACCCCUUUCUGCCAUUUAUGUGUCAAAGCUAUUUCAUGAGGCAGGACUUCCUCCUGGAGUUCUGAAUGUUAUCAGUGGCUUUGGUCCUACUGCUGGGGCAGCUCUGUGUACUCAUAUGGAUGUUGACAAGCUUGCUUUCACAGGAUCCUCUCAGACCGGUAGACGGGUAUUAGAACUCUCAGCACGCAGUAACCUGAAGCCUGUAACUCUGGAGCUGGGUGGAAAAUCUCCAUUCAUUGUCUGCAAGGAUGCUGAUAUCGAUGCAGCUGUUGAGGCAGCACAUUCUGCAUUAUUCUUUAAUCAGGGGCAAUGUUGUUGUGCUGGUUCUCGUACAUUUGUUCAUGAAAGCAUAUAUGAUGAAUUUGUGGAAAAGGCUAAAGCUCGUGCUACUAAACGUGUUGUUGGAGACCCUUUCAAAAGUGGGGUUGAGCAAGGUCCUCAGAUUGAUUUUGCACAAUUCGAGAAGAUCAUGAAAUACAUAAGAUCAGGCAUUGAAAGUGGUGCUAAACUGGAAUCUGGUGGUCAAAGAGUUGGCUCGAAAGGCUACUACAUCGAACCAACUGUUUUCUCAAAUGUUCAGGACGACAUGUUGAUAGCAAAAGAUGAGAUAUUCGGUCCGGUACAAUCUAUCCUGAAAUUCAAGGAUCUAGAGGAGGUGAUAAGAAGGGCCAAUGCAACUCAUUAUGGCCUGGCUGCUGGAGUUUAUACUCAGAAUACAGACACUGCCAAUACCUUGAUGCGGGCAUUGCGAGUUGGAACAGUAUGGAUCAACUGCUAUGAUGUCUUUGAUGCAGCAAUACCUUUUGGUGGAUAUAAAAUGAGUGGUCAAGGGAGAGUAAGGGGAAUCUACAGCCUUAGAAGCUACCUUCAAGUUAAAGCUUCUGUCACUCCUUUGAAGAAUCCUGCAUGGCUCUAGUUUUAACAGAUGUUAGCAACAAAGCAAACCUUCCCCUGAGCAGCAUUACAACCAAAAGCAAACCGAGACAAACUGCCAGUGACCUUGACACUUCAUGACUAAAGUUCACAUGCCCAUGUAUGUCAAUAAAAUUCAGGGAAAUUUUCGUGACUCCUUUCUAUAAAUACAAUCAUCACCAUCUGUGCUUAUAGAACA